AGAAAGCAGGUGACUUUCCUAUUGUAUUUGUUGCCUCUUAGUAAAGCUGUUACUUAAAAUGUAAAGAUCACAAAGCCACUUCAGUUUCCUCUUAGCAAGUGAGAUGAAAGGAUUUAGAGUCUGAGGUUUGAGGGGGAUGUUUGUUAUUUACCUUUAUCAUACAAGCAUCUCUCAGAAAUCACCAGAACAACACACCGCUCUUUAUAAUUCACUGAUAUGAUGCAUUCAUCUGCAGUGAUCAGUUAAUGAGCUGUUCUGACACAAGAUCAUCAAUAAUUCAGUGUACAAACAUUAGAGAUCCAAACCUGGACAAAUCUGACACCAACAUGACUGAGGAGUACCCUGACCUUAACUACCACACUGACUAUGAAGACCAGCUGUGUCGCAAAGAGGAGGUGGUUAAAGUCGGAGCAAUUCUCAUUCCACUUUUUUUCACAGCGGUGGUUGUGUUGAGCUGCAUCGGUAACAUCCUCGUUCUGGUCAUCCUCGCGCUCUACAAAGGCCUCAAAUCUCUGACCAAUUUCUUCAUCCUCAAUUUAGCCGUGUCGGAUCUUCUCUUCACUUUCGGACUUCCAUUCUGGGCCUCGUACUACAUCUGGGGUUGGACCUUUGGAGAGGCUGGCUGUAAAGCGGUGAAGUUUCUCUUCUAUGUCGGUUUUUACAGCAGCGUGUUGUUCUUGACUCUGAUGACCGUUCAGCGUUACAUGGCGGUGGUUCAUCCUCUGUCCGACUGGGAGAGGUGCAGAUGUUUUUCACUCGCUCCUUUUGUUAUUUGGAUCUUGAGUGGAACGGUUGCGCUGCUCGGUUCACUUCACAGCAGAGUCAUGACACAAUCUGACAGCCAGUAUUGUGAAUACGGCACUUUUGAAUGGAAAUCCGCCGUUGCUUAUUUUCAAAAUGCGUUUUUCUUCAUUGCAUUUGUAAUCAUGGGAUACUGCUAUGGCAGAAUGCUUCGGACGAUUACAAAAUCACAGGCUAAGUCGGAUCACAAGACUGUUAGAAUAACAUUUUUUAUUGUGCUGCUGUUUUUUAUCGGUUGGGCUCCAUAUAACAUCGUCAUGUUCUUAAAAUCAUUGACAAUCCAUCCAUUCACAGACUGUGACGUAAGCAUAAGACUUGACUAUGCAUAUUAUGCGUGCCGGAUGUUAGCGUUCUCUCACUGUUGCAUAAACCCAGCGAUUUUAAUAUUUGUAGAUGCAAAGUUUUGUAAUACUUUGCGAGAAAUAUCCAAGAAGGUUUGUUCUGUGUAAAGACUCAAGUGUAUAAAUAAAAGUUUAAUAAAAGUCUCAGAAAUAUUCAGUA